AAUAAUAAAUGCAAGAAGAGGAAAUAUAAAAAAAAGUAAGAUUUGAAGAUGAUGAAGAAGAGAGGAGAGGUGAAUAGGAAAUAAAUAGGAAUCCAAAUAAUUAGAAAUGUCCAAUAAUAGGUGUGAAUGAUCAAUUUUUGGAUCCAUGUAUAAAAUGUAAAAUAUGAAAGAUGCGGUUAAAACAUCAUUAAAAGAGGAGGAAGCAUUAGAAUAAGAGAAUGAGAUAGUUUAAUUUACAAUGUCUGAAGGAAUGACAGCUGAAGAAUUGAUAUAAAAUUUAGAGAUUAGAUUAUAACCAGAGAGAGAUCCAAUUAAGAAAAAUAAAUGUAUAAAAAGGAUAAUUAAUUUAUUAGUUGUUCCAGCUGUUUUAUCCGUAAAGACUAAAAAAGUUUCGAAUAAAUUAGAUAGACCUCCUAUAGAUUUAGUUUGUGUAGUUGAUGUAAGUGGUAGUAUGAUUGGAAGAAAAAUAAAUCUUGUAAAGGAUUCUUUGAGAUAUUUAAUGAAAAUAUUAGGUCCAGAGGAUAGAAUCUGCAUUAUUGUGUUUACUACUGUAGCUCACAUAGUUACAUCAUUUGUAAGGAAUACAUAAGAAAAUAAACCAUUAUUAAAAAAAGCCAUACUUGAAUUAAAAGGAUUGGCAUCUACAAAUAUAAGUGAUGGAAUGAAUAAGGCUUUAUGGAUGUUAAAAAAUAGAAAAUAUAAGAAUCCUGUUUCAUGCAUUUUUUUAUUAUCUGAUGGUUAAGAUGAUUAUAAAGGUGCUGAAUAAAGAGUUUAUGAUUAAUUAGAAUUAUUGAAAAUAGAAGAGAAAUUUGUAAUACAUACAUUUGGUUAUGGAUAAGAUCACGAUGCUUAUGUAAUGAAUUAAAUAGCAAAAUAUAGAGAAGGAAACUUUUAUUAUAUUGAUAAUAUAAAUAAAGUAAAUAUGAUUAAUAAUUUGAUUAGGCUAGUGAUUAUUUUAUACUUGCAAUGAGUGGAAUGUUAUCUAUUUAUGCCUAGAAUGUCAACAUUAAUUUAUAAUCCAAGGAUUGUGAAAUAGUUAAAGCAUUUGGUGAAGGUCAAGUUUGGUAUAAAUAAGACUAAAACAAUUAUAAAAUCCAAUUAAAUUAUUUAUUAGAAGGAGAAAGUAAGGAUUUUGUGUUUGAAUUAUUUGUAAAAGAUGUUUACAAUUAAAAUAAUAUUAAUUUGAUUAUUGAAAUAAAUGGAUAAUUACUAAAAUAGAAUUAGUAAUUUAAGAAAGAUUAAAAUUUUGAAAUAAAAGUAUCAUCAGAUAUAGAAGGUCAGUUAAAUGAUCAUGUUGAAAUUAAUUAUUAAAGAGCAAAAGCAGGACAUGCUAUAGGAGAUGCAUGUCAUUUAGCCUAAUAAAAGUAAUAUUAGUAGGCUUAAGAAUUAAUAGAAUUAUAAAUUUAAUAAAUAAAAUAAUCUCCAUAAAUAGAGAGCGUUGGAUUGAAAAUAGCAUUAGAGGAUUUAGAAAAAUGUAAGAUGUAUUGUAAACCAAAAAUAUUUGAAAUGGAAGGAGAGGCAUUUUUAAUGAAAAAAGAAAGGAAUCAUAUUGUUAGAUAAUCAUCAUUAAGUAAUAUAUUGAUUGAAUAUAAGCUAAUUUAUGUGAUUGGAACGAUGAUUAAUAAUAAAAUAUGGAACAUUUAUAGAAUGGUGAUUUAUAAUUAAGUGCAGCUGGAAGUAUAAAAGGUUCAGAUUCAGAGGUUUCAUCUUAACCAGACUUUUAAAGAGACAUAGAUUUUGAUAAUUUUGAUCCAAAAUAAAUAAUUAAAUAGUUAUUGAGAAUGAAAUAAUUUAAAAAAGAAUAAUUAGAAGAGGAAGAUGAUGAAGAUGAUGAUAAGAAAAUAGAAUUAUUAUAAGAACAAUUAAAAUAAGAUUAAGAAUAAUAGAUUGAAUAAGAAGAUAUAAAUGAAAGUAAAUGA